UGUGUGAGAAAGUGAAACUAUUUGACUUUCACUGUCUCUGAGGGUUGAAAUGGCGCAGCAAGAAAAAUUCUCCUGUUCCAUCUGUCUGGAUCUACUCAGAGAUCCAGUGACGAUUCCCUGUGGACACAACUACUGUAUGGACUGUAUUAAAAGGUACUGGUAUGAAGAGAAACAAGGGAAAGUACAAAGCUGUCCUCAGUGCAGGCAGGAUUUCAUACCAAACCCUGUCCUGGUGAAAAACACCAUGUUAGCAGAUUUAGUGGAGGAGCUGAAGAAAACAGGAGCCUCAGCUGAACCAGCUGAUCAGUGUUAUGCUGGACCUGAAGAUGUGGCCUGUGAUGUCUGCACUGGGAGAAAACUGAAAGCUCUCAAGUCCUGUCUUCAGUGUCUGGUCUCUUACUGUGAGCAACACCUCCAGCCUCACUAUGAGUCUCCAGCCUUUGAAAAACACAAGCUGGUUCAACCUUCCAAGAAGAUUCAGGAGAACAUCUGUACUCGUCACAAUGAGGUGAUGAAGAUUUUCUGCCGCACUGAUCAGCAGUGUAUCUGUUAUCUCUGCUCCAUGGAUGAACAUAAAGGCCACGACACAGUCUCUGCUGUAGAAGAAAUGACUGAGAGGCAGAGAGAGCUAAAAGUGAAUCAGCAAAAGAUCCAGCAGAGAAUCCAGGACAGAGAGAAAGAUGUGAAGGUGCUUCAGCAGGAGGUGGAGGCUAUCAGUCGCUCUGCUGAUAAAGCUGUCAGGGAAAGUGAGAAGAUGUUCACAGAUCUGAUCCUUCUCUUUGAGAAAAGAAGGUCUGAUGUGAAGCAGCAGAUCAGAUCCCAGCAGGAAAGUGAAGAAAGGCGAGUCAAAGAGCUUCAGGAGAAGCUGGAGAAAGAAAUCUCUGAACUGAGGAACAAAGAUGAAGAGUUGGAGAAGCUCUCACACACAGAGGACCACACCCAGUUUCUACAGAAUUACCCUUUACUUUCAAAUCUCACUGACUCUUCAGAGUCACUCAGCUUCAAUAUCCGACCUCUGCGAUACUUUGAGGAUGUGAUGGUGACUGUGUCAGAGGCCAGAGAUAAACUGCAGCACGUUCUUAAAGAAGAAUGGACCAAGAUCUCACAGACAGUGACUGAUGUGGAUGUUUUACUGCCACAAGUGGAGCCCAGGACCAGAGCUGAAUUCUUACAGUACUCACGACAAAUCACACUGGAUCCAAACACAGCAAACACAUGGCUGGUUUUAUCUGGAGGGAACAGAAAAGCAACAGUGAUGAGACAAUCACUACAUGCUACAAUAAAAAUGUUAAGUCAGAUACAGUCUACACAGCUGAGUUCACCCUGUAGCUUCUACCAUUAUAAGGUGCUGAGCAGAGAAACUUUGACUGGAUGUUGUUAUUGGGAGGUGGAGCACAGUGGGCUUGUAGUUUCAGUAGCAGUCACAUACAAGCAUACAGGAGGAACAGAAUAUGAGAGGGUAUUUGGGAACAAUAACAAGUCUUGGGCAAUGUAUUGUUUUGCGGAUAGAUUUGAAUUCAGACAUAACAACAUCAGAACCUCCAUCUCAGAUCCUCUGUCCUCCAGAGUGGGAGUGUACCUGGACCACAGGGCAGGUAUUCUGUCCUUCUACAGUGUCUCUGAAACCAUGACUCUCCUCCACAGAGUCCAGACCACGUUCACUCAGCCGCUCUAUGUGGGACUUGGAGUUGGUUAUAGAUCUACAGCUGAGCUCAGAUAGGUUGGAAUGAUUAGGUGGAUGAGUGACGUUGGGGUUUUUUGCUGCUUGGAUCUUUUUGCUGUGGUGUUACUGCAAAUUCUCACUGAUGAGCUGAUAAACUGUGUAGACAUGCUGUGAUCUGCCUGUGAUUUUGCUGUUCUUGUAGUUUAAGCUUUGGAAGGUGGCACUGCUUUCAAUGUAUGUGUGACAUGAAAUACACAUCAGUCUAAGACCAGGACUCUUAACCUCAGGUUUGCAGCAGGGUUACAGGAAGGCUGCUAAAAUAAGCCAAUAGGAAAUAAAUUCAGCACGCUGCAGAGUAACAGUGCCACGUACACACACACAGGUCGCACUCCUAAAAAGGUUGUGAACCACUGGUCUAAAAUGUUUCUUCUGUGAAUUCUAUGCAGUAAUAAUUAAUACUGUUUAUUUCAAAUAGAGACUGUUAUAGGCCUUUGAUUUCUCAUAGAGAGGGCAACAGAACAAUAUGAAAAAACUCAGCGUGUGGUUCAGCUGCAGGAACACAACCUGGCAGCUCACAUGGCGCCACAACAUCUGAGCAAUCGCACUUAUUUACUCAUGUAUUCCUACAUCUUUUUACUGAUGGUGCAGAUCAAGGGUUGUUCAACACUUAGUGGGGAUGUGACAUUUUCCUUCCCUUCAAAAAUCUGAUCUUUCUUUCUUUCUUUUCAUCUUUUUUUUAUUUUGUAAUUUUGUGCCUGAGGAGAGUGUGCAACAAGGCAAACCCACAAAAGUUAAAGUAUCUCUUACUGUAAGAUAUCAAGCUUCCAUAACUGCAUGUGAGCUAAGAAAAUGUGCACACCCCUGAAUCCACCUAAAAAGAGUGAAUACCAAGAGAUCAGUUUGACAUUCUACCAGCAGAGGGAAUACAAGUGUAAGGUACUACAAGUAGACAGAUAAAAGCAUUUUGUGAGGGUUGAGUUGGGCCGAGUUAGGUUUGUAACUCCACCCAGUAAUGGGUAGGGAUAGAUAUGCCUGCCUGUUGAUAGAGGUACUUUCUGAUUAUACAGAUCUUUGCAGUCCUGUGAGCCUGUAGGCCGUGGCUAAAUGAAACUUAGCUCUUUCCAUCUGACAGGAAGACUGAGGAGUGCACUGUGUUGAGCCUUGACCACAGAACCGGACAGAGCCAGGGGAUUCCAUAGUAGACCCGCCACAUCUUUAAGCCCAGAUCCAGACUGCUGCUGUGCCUGAGCGGUUCUUUUAUUGGUUGAAUGUAUUUGCUUCACCUGUUGUUUUUACAGGGACUGAUGUACUGAUUUUUGCGGCACCGACAUUAGUUCCUGUGAACUAAUAUUUUGUUUUUACUGUGUUCAUAUAAGUUCUUUAUUGUUCAUUUUAUUAGUUUGUUUUAUCAGAACCAACUGAUUUUUAAUUGUUUUUAUUUUUAGGUAGAGGGCCAGCCUGUGGGGAGUAGUUUUGCCGGGUACACACGUUGCAUGCUGUGUGGUGAUAUAAAUGGUGGCGGUCACAUAGUCAUGUCUUGAAUUUACUCAUGUGCAGUGCAGUGGUGGUAGAUUUGCAGUGUUUAAAGCCUUGCAGUGUUUUAAGUGUCUUCUAAUGGGCACCAGGUGAGCACAUGGUGUGAGUAUAAGCAGACUGCGAUAGGCUCACCUUACAGUGAGUACUCUACCCUUGUUUUAAGCGUUUACUAUAGUAUUCAGUUGGUGCUAUCUAGGCUAUUUUUAUAUUGUAGAAUAAAGGCUAUCAUUUGUACUUACCUGAGUGCGUUUGUUCUUUCAGGCCUGUUAGCUCUCAACACUUUCUGUUUUAAGUAUCUUGGUUUAAAUAAACUCAUUAUUUGUUUGAAAGCAUGUCUGCCGCUCUUUCUUUUUGAGUUUUUUAAUUAUUUGUGUCCCCGCUCAGUAUCAGUAAGUUAUCUUGUCUUGAGGUUUAUGAUUUUUAACUACACGGGUCUCUUUACACUCGGAGUUGGGUCACAAUUUAAACCAUGAACAAUCAUUUAAAUAAAACAGGUGGAAGUGGCAAACGAAUGAAGAUCAGUGUGUGACAUUUCAAACGUGACAGGAUGUCACUGUCCACUCAAUAUCUACUCAUCACAUGUAAAGACAUGUAAAGUUUGUGGCAGCUGUGAUCAGCAUGAAUGCAUGUAUUUAUUCACUGUGUUUUGUUCUCCACCGAGCACCGUCAUCAUCACGUGAGACAACUGUAUACUGUCACCACAGAGCCACCGUACAACCACCAACAUCAGCUGCAUCAAAUAACAUUCUGUCAAAUAAACUAACUAU